AUGAAGCUAAGUUCAUUUAAAGUGCCAAGGCCUGUUUAUUUCUGCUUGAUUCUGUCAUUCGUAAUGCUAUUGGUACCUGUUGUAUUGCUACCAUUUUGGGUCAAUAGCCUAAAAAGAGUUGAAGGCAAUAUUAAGGUGUAUAUGUCAGCCAACGUUCAAGAUGACCUGCAAAUCCAUUUUCACAACAACAUUAAAUUUGGAUUCAUGCUAAUCAUCUUAAUGUUAGCUGCAUUGGCUGUUUCCUUAUUCACAUUUGUGGGAUUAACAAUAAGAGCAGCAAGAAGGGAAAUGUAUUUGUGUGCUACAUUGAUUAAGCAAAUGGAAGCAACUCAACAAGCAGAGAAGAAGAGUAUGAACAAAAGCAAUGCAUUUGCUGUUGCAAAUCAUGAUAUUAGAGCUUCUCUUGCAGGAAUUAGUGGAUUAAUUGACAUGUGUCGCAACCAUGCUUCGCCAGAAUCCGAAUUGGAGACCAAUUUGGAUGAUAUGCAAUCUUGCACAAACGAUCUUUUAGACAUAUUGAAUUCUAUUCUUGAUCAAAGCAAGAUUGAAGAAGGGAAGAAGCAACUUGAAGAAGAAGAAUUCGACAUGGAAGAGUUGCUAGAACAUGUCGUCAACAUCUAUUACCCUAAAGCAGCAAUGAAGAAUGUCGAUGUGUUACUAGAUCCAUGUGACGCUUCUAUCACAAGAUUCUCUCGUGUUAAAGGCGAUAGGAAAGAAAUGAGAUCCAUCUUGACUAACUUGUUGGAUAAUGCAGUUAAAUUCACCUCAGAGGGACAUAUUUCUCUUCGAGUUUGGGCUCGAAAAGCUGGUUCUGAUCAAAGUUCCAAUCUUGCUCCUAAUACAAUUAGUUCUAUUGGUUGUAUGUCGUGUUUUCUUUUACAGAAUGAUGUAGCAGAUUCAGAAAAAUUGCAAGUACUGAACAAAGUCCUGCAAGAUCCCAACUGUGUGGAAUUCGUAUUCGAGGUGGAUGAUACUGGGAAAGGAAUUCCUAAAGAGAAACAGAACUCAGUUUUUGAGAAUUAUGUUCAAGUGAACGAGACAGAUGGACAAACAGGCACUGGCUUAGGCCUUGGCAUUAUUCAGUCGUUGGUUCGCUUAAUGGGAGGUGAAAUAAGUAUCAUCGACAAGGAAAUUCGCGAGAAGGGCACUUGCUUUCGAUUCAACAUUUUUCUCAUAGCAUGUGAGCCUCAAGAUCAAGAACAACAAGAAAUUAGUGUUAAAUAUUCAAGAGAAGAAGAUUUGGAGUGUCAAUUAGGAGGCUAUAUAUCUAGUGACUCCUAUUAUCAUUCAACACCAAGUAGUAAUAAUAGUAUCACUAGCCAUCAGAAACCAGAAAGAUCCAAUGUUAUUCUUUUCAUUAAAGAGGAGGAAAGAAGCAGAGUUCUUCAUAGAUUCAUGAUGAACAUAGGCUUGAAGGUACACAUUGUGAAUCGACACGAGCAAUUUUGGAAGCUGAAAAGGAAAUUAAUCAACUUCCAAUCAAAGGAAAUUCCCCUCAGUGCUUUAGAUGGAACAGAUGAUGAUCAUAUCACAUACUUUCACAAGAGGGGUAGAGGACUUAAUCCUAAGGGUUCACUUGUAAGAUUCAUCUUAAUCAUAAUCGACACAAGUGUUGGGCAAUUUCGAGAAAUAAGUCGUGCUAUGGAUGAUUUCCAAAAGGGCUUCCCCAAGAAUGUGUCCCUUCGAGUUGUCUGGCUCGUUAAACCAGGCGUAGAUAAGGAUAAGCUACCUUCAACAGAUGUAGUCAUGGCAAAACCAUUACAUGGAUCUCGUUUAUAUCGUGUCCUCGGACUUGUACCAGAGUUUGGUGGUGCAAUUUCACCAACCAUAACACAAGAAGUAGAGGAUGAAAGAAAUUCAAGAAUCAAGAAUCAGACUACUCCGAUACAAGAUGUUGCUAUUGAUGUUAGUGGAAGUUCUAGUAAGAAACUACCUUUAACAGGAAAGAGAAUCUUGGUAGUAGAGGAUGAUAGAGUACAACUUAAGGUUUGUAAUGCCAAGGUUUCUAAGCUUGGUGCAACUAUUUACACUUGUGGAAAUGGUAAAGAAGCUCUAGCUCACGUAUGCAAAGGCCUUAGAGAUCAAAGCCAGAUAAUUGACUACAUACUCAUGGAUUGUGAGAUGGCGGGGAUGAAUGGAUUUGAAGCAACCAAAUGCAUUAGGGAAGAAGAGGCACAUUAUGGAAUUCGAAUUCCUAUCAUAGCUUGUACAGCACAUACGGAAAAGGAAAAAACAGAUAAGAUUUUUCAAGUUGGAAUGGAUUAUUACUUACCUAAAGAAUUCAAUCCUGAUGAGCUUUUGGAAGCCAUAGACUAUAUAGAGCAUAUAAAGGUUUAA